CCCAGAAAUCCCCCAUGUCCACUACUAAUAUUUUCUAUUCYUGUUUGUAUGCAAUCAAUGUAAAGCCUGUAUGUCUGUCUCUGAGAGCCAUCCACACUGACGCUGAUCAUCAGCAACACCUGAGUUAGUCCUGAGAGGAAGAGAACAUGGAAUACCUGUGCCGAAAGUAUUUACGCUUGGGAUACUCCACGGAAGCCGUUGAUUUGGACGCAGAAGGCGCAUUAGCUGCCAUGGGACCGUGCAAGCUGCUGACAUCACUGGUCCUGUCCAUGUGUAGUCAUGUUCUGUACGCUACAGCAUGGUCGGUGAAUAACUUCCUGAUGACUGGACCAAAGGCCUAUCUGACGUAUGCCAGUAGCGUGCAGGUGGGCGCACAGAGCGGGAUUCAGGAAUGCAAACACCAGUUCGCUUGGGACAGGUGGAACUGCCCCGAGAGCGCGCUCCAACUAUCAACUCAUGGACUGCGCAGUGCCACAAGAGAGACGUCUUUCGUCCAUGCCAUCAGUGCUGCGGGGGUGAUGUACACUCUCACCAAGAACUGUAGUAUGGGGGACUUUGAUAACUGUGGAUGUGAUGACUCCAAUAUUGGGCAGAUAGGGGGUAGGGGCUGGAUUUGGGGGGGCUGCAGUGAUAAUGUGAAAUUUGGGGAGAAGAUGUCCAAACAGUUCGUGGAUGCGCUGGAGAACGGGCACGACUCGCGCGCAGCUGUAAACCUGCACAACAAUGAAGCCGGUAGACUGGCGAUCAAGGCGACCAUGAAGCGAGCCUGUAAGUGCCACGGCGUCUCCGGGAGCUGCUCCGUUCAGACCUGCUGGAUGCAGCUGUCUGACUUCAGAGACAUCGGCAACUACCUCAAAGUCAAACACGACCAGGCGCAGAAACUGGAGAUGGACAAGAGGCGGAUGAGGUCGGGGAACAGCGCCGACAACAGGGGCGCCAUCGCGGACGUGUUCAGCAGCAUCGCCCGGACGGAGCUCAUUUACCUGGAGGAAUCUCCAGACUACUGUACCAAGAACAAGAGCCUGGGGCUCCAGGGAACCGAGGGGAGGGAGUGCCUGCAGGGGGAAAAUAACCUCUCCCAGUGGGAGAGGAAGAGCUGCCGCCGGCUGUGCCAUGAGUGCGGCCUGAGGGUCGAGGAGAGGCGGAUUGAGAUAGUCAGCAGCUGUAACUGUAAAUUUCACUGGUGCUGCACGGUCAAGUGCGAGCGGUGCACGCAGGUCGUGACCAAAUACUACUGCGCGCGCAGGGAGAGAGUGCGCAGGCCUCAGAACAGCACAAGGAAAAGUGGGAGAAGGCCCCGCGUGCAGCGCAGUUGACUUGCGCCUGCACAGACUGUGGUUAUCUAUACUUGAGGAUAACUAUGAAGGGGACAGUUUAUUUUAAUAUUCGCUAUUUAAACAUGUUUUAUUACAGUUCAUUUUAUCCAUGUUCAUCUGUCUGAGAUUGUAUGUCUUGUAUGUUGUUACCCAAACAUUUUACACGUGAUUUCUCCUGUAACUUGUUAAUGAUCAACAUAUAUUCUCAUCCAUCCCACAUCGGGUGACAAACUAUUUCCACUUUUGUCCCUUAUUAAAAAUGCACUUUAUAGGCUCUAACAUUUUGACAAUCGAAUAGAUAUGUGAUAUGUUCUAAAAAUAUAUAUAUUCCUUUGAUAAAUGUGUAUUUAUCAUCACAAUGUUAUUUUGUUCAUGCACGUUUAAGUUUACUUGUCACUUUGGGGGUGUAUACGGAGAAAUAUGGUUGUCUAAAUGGGUUAGAGGCCUAUGCGUACAUUCGGUGUGUCCUUUUUGAUAUCAAUUAUGACAUUGUUUUAAGUGUCAUUAUCACAUGUUUUUAUUUUUGUA